AUGGGUACUUCCUCUUCAUGUGCCGUACAGGGCAUAGACGUUUCAGUCGGAACGACAGGUGGAAAAAGAUGGUGGGCUGGCAUUGCCCUCAACGGAAAGCUGUACGGACUUCCAUGUAAUGCAGAGCACCUGCUGGUGUUGGACCCAUCUUGUGACGAGCCUGUGCAAUUGAUCGACACCAAGCGAAUUGCCACAGGUGAGGGGAAGUGGCGUUCCACGGUGGCAGUGGGUGGCAAACUCUAUGGCAUUCCAGACAGAGCAGAAGCAAUGCUUGUCUAUGACUUUGUGUCAAGACAGGUUUCUGGCAUUGACACACGAAAGCUGUCAAGGGGGCCUUUCAAGUGGCAAUCUGCUGUGGUUUUAGCAGGGAAGAUCUAUGGGAUUCCACACCAUGCAGACAAGCUUUUGGUUUUUGAUCCCAAAAGCAGCAAAGAUUCCAAGACUCGAGGCUAUCCCAGUAGCAAAGUCGAGUCUGUGACCGGCGUUGAUACCACUCACGUAGCAGUAGGAAAAUCAAAGUGGCUUGCAGGUGUAAGCCUUGGCGGCAAAGUGAUUGGAAUUCCAUGCAAUGCCGAUGCUUUGUUGGUCUACGACCCCUUGAACAAUGCCUGCAGCGGCGUGCCUAUAAGCUAUCAUGCAACAGGUCCUUUCAAGUGGCUUUGUGCGGUGGCUUUGCAGGGGAUCUUGUAUGCUUUACCCUGCCAUGCCGAUUGUGUUUUGGUCUUUGACCCUUCCAACAAUCGCGUGUCUCAUGUCGACACAUCUUCGAUUUCUGUUGGACCUGGAAAAUGGGUCUCUGCUGUGGCUUGCCAUGGGAAGAUCUAUGGCAUUCCAGAUCAUGCCAAGGCUGUCUUGGUCUUUGAUCCAAAGUCUCAGGAGGUCUCAGGCAUUGACAUCAGUCAUUUGUCGGAUGCCACGAGCAAAUGGCAGUCUGUGGCAGUGCUGGGCAGCAAGAUCUAUGCAGUCCCGUACAAUGCGCACGAUAUUCUGGUGAUUGAUACGUCAGCAUGCAUGGCCUCCAGUGUCGAUGUGCGCAGUCUUGGAAGUGGUCCUGGUAAAUGGGGCUUUGCAGCAGUCGUAGGUGGAUGCUUAUGCGGCCUCCCUUGGGAUGCGGCGAAUGUCCUGAUUUAUCGCCCAGAAGUGGUCGAGGAUACUCCAACCAACCAGGAAGAGACCGAUGUUUCCAAGGGCGAUCUUGAAGAGGCCUCUGACCCAAAUGAACGUGGUUUUAGCGGAGUACCAGACAUCUCUCCAGACCUUGGGGAGUCCCUCAUUCAGGACUUUGUCGGUGCAUGGCUGAGUGAGUGGAUAUACUUCGCAGAUCCGGGGAAGCCCUUUGCAGUGCCGAUGAUGAAGGUCAAUGGAACAGCUGUGAAGUUCCAGGUUCACAGCGUCAUGGAUGACCCUUUGCAGGGGAGUCCUGCUCGUUCAGCAGUGGUCACCGCUUCGAUACCGGGGUCAUCAGUAGUAUAUCUCGUCUUCAAAGGUUCUUCCUUCAUGAAUGACUUUGUGGCCAAUGCUUCGGUAAGUCCUGAUUAUACACCCUUCGAUGCCACCUUCAAUGACCGAACCACUUUCAUCCACCAUGGAGCUUAUCAUGCGACAGCUCAAUUGCGGGUACAGCAGUGGCCAGCUUUGCAGGAGCAGCUGGAGCGAUGUGUUCAAGACGGCGUUGCGCACAUGGUCAUUACAGGGCAUUCUCUUGGAGGGCAAUACGCCUUGGCUUUUAUGCUGCAGGUGUUCUUGGACGGAGUGAAGGGAACUUCGAUUCACCCACUCCUGAAAGAGGCGCGAUGUGCUGCCUUUGGGGCUCCAAUGUGCUAUGGGGCUGCUGAGGGCUCUGAUCUCCGAGAGGAUCUAACAAGCUUCAUGUAUGACAGAACAGCGGUCUACGUCAAUGCUGGGGAUCCUGCACCGCGCUUGUGGUCUGAAUUGGAUUUGGAGGACUUCAUGAGGUAUGCGAUCUCAUGGUUUCAGGGCAAGGUGUCCAGCUUCUCCAUGCGAAUCUUGGACUACGCCGCAGGUGGUUUGGCUCAGAAGGCCCAGGAUAUUCUAAAGCGCCCAGACAUUGAGAAACAUUUGUUGCGCCCUGCAGCUCGGUACGUCCACUUGUCUCAGAUCCGAGUUCUUGCGAAGGAUUUUAUUCUUUGGAGACCUCUGAACUAUGGGCGCAUGAACAUUGACGACCACAGCCUUUCUUCUGGAUACAUGCCUGCACUCUGUGCUGCCUUUGAUCCGAUCGCCGCCGGCGGUCUGUGGGAUGAGAAUGGCCAAUCGCUUAUUGAUGAGGCCGGCCAUGGUCUAGUUUGA